AUGUUGGUUAUCGAAACAACAGCCUCCGGCCUGGAGGCAUUCGUUCAACCCAUCUUUGUAGAACAAGAAUCGCACGAGGAAGAGGAAGAAAAAGAGCUUAUACAAUGGAAGGGCAAAGGGAAAGCCGUCGUAGGGGAUCACGGCGAUAAUGGUGAAAUCACCGUCGACUGGACCAAGUACCCUCCUCCAGAAGGCUUAAGUGAUGUGGGGGGAAACAGAUCAGAUCUCGUCACGCAAAUUGUACACGAAUCCAUCCAAUCAGUCAAAGCUCGGAUAGUCGAGGAUGAGGAAAGACGCAAGGCAGAAAAAGAACUUGAGGAGUUCCGACAUGAAGAAGAGCUUAGGCGAGAACAUGGAAAGUCGUCGAACAUAGAAACCAAGGAUCAUGAUGGUUUUUUGCGCGACUUCGGCGAACAGAAUGGGUCACCCGAGGACUCCGUCCCGGCUUUGCCAGCCCCGGAUGCUCAACCCUCUCUCGCACCGGAACAACCCACUAAGUCGAAGAAACAAGCACUGAGGAAUCUCCUUCGGCGAUUAAACAACAUCGGUGAGAAAGGCGAGUCGAGCGCAACCGGAGCAGCCCGACACAAGCGCGAUAUUUCAUGGAGCAGCAUCGAAAAGAGUCCCCAAGCAAUGAAGAAGCGCUUCGUCUCCGAAAUAUUAAAAAGAUCAACUGGUCCCGACGCAGAGAUCGAAUGCGUCUCUUGUCUGGACGAUUUCACUCCUAAAGAGGUAGUCAAGGCACCAUGCCACAGUUACUGCAAGCCUUGCUUCAUACGCCUCAUCCAAACAUCCUGUGAGAACGAGCAGCAAUGGCCACCAAAAUGUUGUUUAAACGAUAUUCCGACUAAAACUAUUAUACUCAACGUCAAUUCUACGGUCAAGAAGUUGUACCACGAUAAGGCCGCCGAAUGGAAUCUUCCGACGGGCCAGCGCAUCUACUGCAGCGAGCCGAAUUGCAGCAUUUGGGUUCGACCCUACGAAAUCAUCCCUGCUGAAAAUGUUGCGAGAUGCUCACGGGGUCAUUAUACUUGCACCAUGUGCCGUGGUCCAGAGCAUAGAGGUGAUAAUUGUCCACACGACAGGGAUAUGGUGCGAACCGAUGCACUCGCAGAAGAAGAGGGUUGGAAGCGCUGCUACGGAUGCCAUGCUUAUGUCGAGCAUAGGGAGGCGUGUCAACAUAUGACAUGUCGAUGCGGCGCCGAAUUUUGCUAUGUGUGUGGAGCGCGGUGGAAGUCAUGCCAAUGUACCAUGGAGCAAUUGGGCGCCAUCAAGCGGAGGGCACGGGAGCGGCGCGAGGCCCGCCAGCUGGUAGAAGCGCAGGAGGAGGCUGAUACACGAGAAGCGCUACGACUGGUUGAAGAAUUCGAACGCGAGGAGGCUCUCAAGCUUGAACUUCUACGCCGGGAACGAGAACGAUUAGCCGAGGAGCGCCGGGAAAGACUGCUUGAAGAACGGAUCAGGCGCGAAGGUGAAAGGCGGCGAGAAUUGGAAAUCAAGUUCCAAAAAGCUCGGAAAGAACUUGGGGAAGUAAACCAAGACCAACGGCACACCAUACGGGAUUAUCAUAGCAAGGAAGAGUCCCAAAUCGAGAGCGAUAACGCGUCCAAGCUAGCGGACCUCCGGAACACGCAAAAGAUAGAUCGCGAGGAAUUCUUUGCGUCCAUGGAAAUACGAAUAUCCGAGCGAGAACGCGAACUUGAGCGCGAGUACUUGGUACGGGGGAAGCAGGAGGAGCGACUGGAAGAAUGGUACCGAGCUCAAUUGGAGGCCUAUUGUUCCCGGAAACCCAACGGAAGAAAGGCCAAAGCAGACGCCGAGAUGAAGUUGUAUAAGCGCCAGAUGGACAAGCGUCUCGAAAGAUGGGAGAAAUGGAGAAAUGACGAGCUAGAAAGGCUACGCUACGAGAUGAAGGAAGAAAUCGUGAUCAAAGAAGAGCUUCUCCAGGAGCACGAACGCAGACUGAAGGAGGAUAUGCGAGAAGAAGAGACCGCGUUCAUAGAACGGAAAACUGCGCAGCUUCGAUGGGUGGAUGUUGUGAUUGAAGAACGUGAGCGCAUGCUUGAUAAUAUGGAGGUUUUUGAGAUUGAAAAUGGCGAGGACGUUGAGGCCUGGUUCGAUGCUGAGGAAGUGUUUAGUCAAGACUACUCGCCGAUUGAAUCGUUGGAUUUGCCAGAGGAGUUUCGGGUUCCGGGUGCAUUCGCGUAA